AUGAUCGACACACUUCUCGCCAUGAACAACCUCAGCAUUGUUGAUGCCAUCGACGUGCUGGGAUCAAUUUGUGAGGACUUCAUUGUAGUUUGCUAUUGGGCAGGGAAAAAGUUUCCUUGCUUUCAAAAGCAUCCUUUUUUGAGCUGGAUAGGUUCCACUAGUCAUUACGGUGCUUGCUGUUCGUUCAACUACCACCCAAGCGUGCAGGAAACGAUGGCUCCAUUCUCUGUUAAUACAUACGGCAUCCAUGGAGGUUUGAGUGUAGUCGGAACCGGAUAUCCUCAAGCAUCCGAUGGCAAAUCUGGUGCACUUUACUCGGAAGGAUUCAUGCUGAUGAUACACCAUCCCCAUGAUUUCGCCGUGGAAGCAGCUCCAUUGACCCUGUUGAAACUAGGGACGGAGACAUUCAUCAGUGUAUCGCCUACAGAUUCACGGUGUUCGUCGCAGGUUCUAGUGCUACCUCAAUCGCAACGAUCUUGCAUCACUGGUCGCGACUUUCCAGUUCCAAUAGAAAACUACCGUCAACCUGCUUGUACACUGGAAUGUCUUCGAGAUGAUGUGCACAGAAAGUGCGGUUGCCAUCCCUAUCAUUUACCCCGACAAUCACAGAUACCAGGGAACACUAGACCUAUCCGGGAUUGUACGGUGUAUGAUUCCCUGUGCAUGAUUGAUAACUUCUAUAUGUUCAAACGACUGCAAUGCCAGUGUCUACCUGCGUGUAGUGAUGUAACUUAUAAAACAUCCUCGGUAGUCACGGAUUUCAAGGCCCAUAAAUUUUCCAUGAGUAAUUUUUACUCCGAAACCAACUUGAGCAGUUCCGAAUUCAUUGUUCAUAUUUAUCUGAGCAAUCAGGUGGUUUCUGCGAAUAGGAGGAUAGUUGUAGUCUCAUGGAUUUCACUUUUGGCGAACCUGGGAGGAGUGUUCAGCUUGUGCCUGGGAGUGAGCAUAAUAUCACUUUUCGAAGUCCUGUUCUACAUAUUUUUUCGGAUCUACAGGAUCAAGCAAAGGUUGGAAAUGCAGGUGAAGGACAAUCAGGUGAAGUUAGUGCAACCGAUGGUAGCCUUGCAGAAAUUUUCGACCCGAUUAGAAAAAGUGAACCAGUAG